AUGAGUGGAAGUGGCAAAGGACUCGGAAAGGGAGGCGCUAAGCGGCACCGUAAAGUUCUUCGUGAUAACAUCCAGGGAAUCACCAAACCCGCCAUCCACCGUCUGGCUCGCCGCGGCGGCGUCAAACGGAUUUCUGGUCUUAUCUACGAGGAGACUCGCGGUGUGUUGAAGGUGUUCCUGGAGAACGUGAUCCGUGAUGCCGUCACCUACACUGAACACGCCAAGAGGAAGACUGUGACCGCCAUGGAUGUGGUGUACGCUCUGAAGAGGCAGGGAAGGACCCUGUACGGCUUCGGUGGUUAAGCCGCUUCAGUGUCUUUAAUGACAACACAAAGGCUCUUUUAAGAGCCGCCCACUGUCCUAUGAAAGAG